AUGAACCCUAAUUUUUCUCCUGUUGAAUCUGUUCAACAAUACCUUAUUGAAGAUGACCCUUCCCUCAUGGCUCUCUUGAAUGGCCUCUUCAUGGACAACUCUACUCGGAAUCUGAGCUAUGGCGCUGCUUUGCCGGAGCUGCAGGGUGUUAGUAACACCAGUGGCACGGUGUUUUCUGGCGGGGUUAAUGAUGACAACGUUAUGAAUCGGCCAGGUGGUUAUGAUAGGGCUGGUGGUAGUAACCCAGGAUCUGUGGCGGGUGAAAAGAACGCGCCACCUAGAUGGAGGAAUUACCGAGGCGUGAGGCGGCGGCCAUGGGGGAAGUUUGCGGCGGAGAUUCGGGACCCGAGCAGGAAUGGUGCAAGGACAUGGCUGGGAACUUAUGAGAGGGAGGAGGAUGCAGCUUUGGCUUAUGAUAGAGCUGCUUUCAAGAUGAAGGGUAGGAAAGCUAAGCUCAAUUUUCCACACCUCAUUGGGUCAGAAACACUGCCGAAGCUGGCAAGAGUAGUCGCCGGACAGAAGCGAAACUCGCCGGAACCUUCGUCGCCGUCAAACAAGACAUCUGAGGAUGAUGGAUCUCAAGGGUCAAGCAAGAAGAAGAGCCUGACUGAACUAUUGAACAAGUUAGCAGCAAAUAGAAAGCCAUGUCAGAUUGGGUUGAUAUGA